UUUGCAGACUGUGACCGAUCAGAGCUGAAUGGUUUUGUGUUUCCCUCGAAAGAAAAGGAGAGUUGAAUUCUUACAGCCGCUCUGAACGCAGCGAGAUGAUUACAGAAGCUUGGGGUAGAUGUUUCUCGGGAUUACUGCUUCCCGCGGUGAUCUUGAGCGUUUGUUUGUUGCCUUGCUUGUGUCAAAAGAAGUGCGAACCAGUUUCAAUCCCUCUCUGCACAGGUCUACAGUACAACGAAACAAUAUUCCCAAACAUGCUGAGGCACAGAACCCAGGAGGAAGCUGCCCUUGAAGUUCAUCAGUUUUUCCCUCUUGUAAAAGUGGGAUGUUCCAAGUACUUAGCGUUUUUCUUGUGUUCGGUAUACGCUCCGAUUUGUACGAUUAUGGAAACGCCAGUACCCCCUUGUCGUGGGCUUUGUGAGAGCGCCCGCAACGGCUGUGAAGGUCUCAUGGAACAAUUCGGCUUCACGUGGCCAGAGUCCCUUAGCUGCGAAAAGUAUCCCAAAAUGACACAGACAUCUAUGUGCGUUGGCGAGAAUACAACGGGUCGAAGUGAUGGCAAAGGGCCUGUGCCUCCUAACGAGACAACACCGCCGCAAAAUGAGUCGGUGCCGACUGAACCAUACACAUUCGACGUUAGUGCGGUGAAGUUUCAAUGUCCCGGCAAUCAAAAAAUCGAGACUGAUCAUUAUACGUUCUUUGGAGCGAAAAAAUGUGGAGCUAUGUGCGAAAACAUUUAUUUCGACGAGAGGGAACGAAAAAUUGCCCGCCUCUGGACUGGAUUAUGGGCGAUCUUUUGCUGCAUUUCAACACUGUUUACAGUUCUAACAUUUCUUAUCGACAUGAGGAGAUUUCGAUACCCAGAGAGGCCUAUCAUUUUUCUGUCAGGGUGUUACUUUAUGGUUUCUGUUGCCUUUGUCAUCGGUUUUGCCGCUGGCGACAGUCUCUCGUGUACAAAAUCAUCAACAGGCUCUAAAGUCAUCGUGCAAGGAACAAAACACGAAGGAUGCACUGUGGUUUUUAUGUUGCUUUAUUUCUUUAUCAUGGCUUCGUCAAUUUGGUGGGUAAUUUUAACACUCACUUGGUUCCUAGCAGCAGGACUGAAGUGGGGCCAUGAAGCGAUCGAGGCAAAUGCACAAUUCUUUCAUCUCGCAGCCUGGGCGAUUCCUGCGGUUAAAACAAUCGCGAUCUUACUGAUGACAAAAGUUGAUGGAGACGAACUUAGCGGUGUUUGCUUUGUUGGGCUUUCAGAUCUGAACGCGCUUCGAGGUUAUGUUCUCGCUCCCCUGUUUGUAUACUUUUUCGUCGGCGCUACGUUCCUCAUAGCGGGAUUUGUGUCAUUAUUUCGAGUGCGAUCGGUUUUAAAAGAUGAUUACUCUAAGAGGGAAAAAAUCGAGAAGUUAAUGAUUCGAAUCGGCGUGUUUUCCAUACUGUACACCGUACCAGCCGUUUCCGUGCUAGGAUGUUUAUUUUACGAGCAAUCAAAUCGUGAAGAAUGGCAAGAGUCUUGGAGAGUGGGCUGGGUUUAUCAGCAAAGGUGCAUUGAAAGUCACGGGCAAAACUGUCCUGAUUACCCAAUAGCUCAAGUCAAACCCGAUUUCACUGUAUUUAUGGUCAAAUACUUGAUGUUCUUAAUCGUGGGGAUUACAUCUGGAUUUUGGAUUUGGUCGAGCAAAACCAUAUAUGCAUGGCAGAAGUUUUAUUUCAGAGUGAAACAAAGAUUUUACGGCCCCAGAGGUAACAUUCGAGUAUGACUGUACUGAAAUAGCCCUCGAUUCAUGGAAAAAUCGCUCGAUAUUACGCCCUGCAUAAGUUAUACACGGAGGGCGAGCGCAUUUGAUGUAAGAAACAGCAUCACUAAAUAUAUCACACGACAAAGACCCGAAUGAAAUAUUUUUCAUCUCGGCAUGGUGCAUGAAAUAGACUUGAUUUUGUCAAGCUUCAUCAAACGGCUUUAAUAUGAAGAGACAAAUUAUUCAAGAAUCGCGUGAUCGAAGAAAUCAGUGUUCGAAAACAACUUGGCCAUUCGCCCAGUCGUCAUUUUCAAGACAGCAUUAGACUGGUUUCCUUGCAUGGCUGAAUAUGGGCCUUGUUUACUGACUUUCCUUUAGGAAAUAUUUUUCAUAUUUUGUUUGACAAUGAAAUCUACGUAUGUUUAUUACGCUAUUUGCUUAUUUUUCACUAGAAACUGUAUAAAGUGUAAAAAGAAUGCUUGAUAAUAUAACUUAAGCGCUUCCACUUAUGACAAAGUUUAUUUUGGACAGAAAUUCAUCGUUAUCGAAUGAGCAAUAUAUUGCCUGCGUUAAGGUUAGAGGCCGUAAAUAGAUUAAUCAUUUAUUUCAUCAUUUUUGUGACCACGCACACAAGUCUAGAGACUUAACAUACAUAAAUCAUUUAUUUUCGUUUAUUUUGUUGACAUCUGCUUGAAAUUAUGCUGUUGAGAAAAAAUAAUGUUGCCUUUAUGUGUUUUAGCUUGUAAGUGAUCAUAAGUGCAUUCAAACUGGAUUGCAAUAUAUUAUUUUGCAUUUUGUUAUAAGUUCUUAACUUAGAUUACAUUUACAUCUGCUAACUUAAUUUGCUAGAUGCUAAAUAUGAUUAGUGUUCUUGAAUGAGAUUUUGCAUAACUCUGUGUUUUAUUUCUUUUUUCAGAAGAUUUAUAAUUGGGUUUGUUUGGAAUUUUCUUUGAUGAUUUAUACGAGUUUUGUAUUCCACAUAAUACGUUGCGUACAUUACUGGCAAAAACUUUUGGACGUUUUAUUUCGAGCAAGUGAAACUGAUAGUUACAACUACAUCCCCAAGGUUUAACAGAUACACGGAUGCGAAAACAACACAAAAUCAUCAAGUUUAUCUGUCUCAAGGAUUUUUUUUCAACUUCUGUUUCAGUCCUAUUAAUGCAAAAUAGAAAUUUUUAGCUAUGUCUUUCCUUAAGUAAAGAAAAUCCUUCUCAGUGAUAAAAAGAACAGGAACAAAGUCUAAUCAGUAAGCUCUCUCCAUGAAAGUUAACUGUUAAAGUUGUUUUUAUGGUACAGUUUAGCCGAAAAUUGAAAUUAUCUGAAAUUUUUGCAAAUAAUGUACGUUCACCUUCAUUGAUUUUGUGUUCGGUUAUUGACAACGGACACCAUGUUUUGACUACAGAUAUACUACUGUCUGUGUCUGGGUAGGAAGGGUGUAAACAUCUCCUUCAGAUUUCAAGUUCCAAUUUUUUUUUAUCAGGUUUUCCUUGUGCUACUGCAGAAGUUGUAUCUAUGACUGCAAUGAUCUUCUUUCAUAUAUACAAAACUCAUUCAUAGGAGAGAUAUGUGUCAACACUAAACAGCUGUGUAGCAGACUAAGAUAUUUUCAGCAUGCUGAUCAAAAACAUUACAACCUCAUACAAUUAAAGGGGCAGGGUCCUUAUUAUGUCAUUUUCUGCCUGAAUUGCUGUUAGAUCACAGACAGGAUGACCUCUAAUGAAUGUUUUUUCAAUUAAGCCUAUGUUCUGUCAACAUUAUUUUUUCCCUUAAUUGUGUGAGUAACCCCUAAGAACGUCUGCAUGGGAAGGCACAUCUUACACUGUCUCUCCUGUUGGGCAACAAAUACAAUUUUGGUCACCCUAGAUUCCACAGCUUGAAAAUUUUUCUUCCUGGAUUGUUUUUGUUAGAGCACAGCCUUGCAUGCAUCAAGUUAGUACAAAAUUACUCAAACAUUAGGACUUGAAAGUGUCAGUUUGCCUUUCUCAAGAUUGUACGUACCUAUAUUGAUAGCAUUACAUACCUGAAAAUAUGUACUAGCUUGUAGGAAUGGCUUCGCUGGACUAGAAAUGCUAAUUAACUAAAAUUUUUGCUCUUACUUCAUUUGUUUUUCUAGAGAAUGACACUGCCCCUUUGAGGGAAUGGGAAAAUCAAGUUUAUUGAAACCAGGUUUAAAUAGCUGCUUAGUAUUCAGUUAAUGUUAGUGCAGAAAGUGCCCAGCUCCUUAAUUCAUAGGGGUGUAAUCAGUAUGUUAUUGUAGUUCUAUUCAAUGUUUGAUUAAACGAACCAGCCUUUUUAUGCUGUCACCAUUUAAAGCGGCAGUGUUAUGAAGAUUCUUCCAAGUUUUUGUUGAGCAUCUGUUAGAAUGAUAUUCUAAUAUUAUUGUCCACUUGGUAGUCUGCAAGAAUUUUCCCCUCAGUUAUAGGCAAAGUACG